AUGCGUUGGCUCCCAAAACUGGAAAACCCGUUAUUAAUAUUUUAUUAUAUUUUUCAUAACUAGACACUUCAAUGCUUAUUCUGUGCGAUUUUGGGAGCUCUGUGAUAAGUAGAACAGACAUAGAUGGCAGUCAACACAAAGCCAUGAUUAAUGAUUAAAAUAUUCAGAUGAUGACACAAGUUUUAACAACCCCAAAUCAUUUUUGAUAGCGCUACAUUUGAUUGUGGAUAGAAUUCUAAUAAUUUCCGCAUUGUGUUCAAUCGCGCGUCAGUUUUCCACAGGGUGGCAGUAGUGCUCCUUAGAUCUAACCACGAUUACACAUCAAGGAGGAGAGGAAAGCCCGCGAUAGGUCAGAGGAAGGAAGGCUGUCCUAUGAAAAGUUAACCCAAAGCCGUGCGAUCGAUCUCGGAGAGAUAGGGACGACGAAAUGAAAAGGCGUAGUAAGAGAAGAAAGGUGCAACAGGUUCGUUUUCGCCAGACAACUCUGGAGGAGUCUGUAUUCCUAUUUCGCCACGAGAAGCAGACUCACGACGACCAGCACUGUGGUGUGGAGUCGGUGGAAGCAAUUCCCAGUUCAUCUGAAGCUGGACCUAGUGGCGAAUGCCGUGCGCAGCCAAGUCGGGCAUGCAAAAAAGUUUGUCAGGUGGAUCUUAGUAGCAGUGAUGACAGCGACACUGACGAUCAGUGGGACGAUCAAGACCUUUGGAGCCCAACUCGGACAGCACCAGGACCCGUUUCAGACAGCGAGUCUGACUGCUUUUCGGACGAGGCAGGAGAAAUUAGACCCAUCACUCCUUCUAAUUUGGAUCCGGAUGGCAUGGAGGAAUUGGAAGAGACAGAACGAAGGACAGAACCACAGGUGCCUUCAAAGAGGGGUCGACAAAUGACAAGGGGCAGAACAGCUGGGGCCAAGCGAGGGCGUGCACCAAGCCGGUCGGUGAGCAGUACCACCCUGGAGGAAUGGCAGAGAGAGGACUGGAGGCCUAGAGACAUACCCUUCACUGCAACCCCUGGACCACGAGGCGCAGCCAAACUGGUGUCUGACCAACCUGUCGAUUUUGUUGACUUGAUAAUAAAUGAUGAUUUGUUGCAGACAAUAGCUGAGCAAACCAAUCUCUAUGCUGAGCAAACCAUGUCAGUGGAUAAUAGGGCAAUUGGAGUGGGCUGGGCUGGAAGGUCCACAGAUGGAUUGGUGGGAAGGCGCUACACAGGCCAGGGAUGUAAUGAGAGCCAGAGUGGAUCUGAUGAGGAUGACUGA